AGUAGUACCUAUGUGUCCGAGCCUGUCCGUGGCGCGUUUUGGAGAUAUGUAGAUGUUUUCUUUAUCCAAAAGAAAUUACCGAAGGAUAACUGCGUGGUGUAUUAAACUAUUUCAAGGACAUGGGCAACUCGUAUGCUGGGCAGCUGCGGACCACUCGGUUUGAGGAGGUGCUGCACAGCUCUAUCGAGGCGUCCCUGCGCUCCAACACCGUCGUCCCCCGACCCGUCUUCUCCCAGCUCUACCUGGAGGCCGAGAACCACCCCACCUCACAGAAUGGGCGGACAGAAAAUGAGGAAGAUGAGGAGGAGGAUGGUUCUGAGUCCAACAGCCCCCCCAUCCCAUACCAGAUGAAGACCCCACCUGAAGGAAGCUGCACAACAGAUGGGUUCUGUCAGGCAGGCAAGGACCUGAGGCUGGGCUCCAUGGCAACGGACUCCCUGGAAGUCCCCCCCGGCUUCCUGUUGGUGGGCGCCAAGUCGCCCAGCAUUCCCGAUCACAUCCUGGUGUGCGCCGUGGACCGGAGGUUCAUCCCAGACGAGCGUGGACACAAUGCACUUUUAGGUUUUGCGGGCAACUGCAUGGGCUGUGGAGAGAAGGGUUUCCGCUACUUCACCGAGUUCUCGCACCACAUCAACCUGAAGCUCACCACGCAGCCCAAGAAGCAGAAGCACUUGAAGCACUACCUCCUCCGCAACACGCAGGGCCAGCUGGUCAAGGGCCCCCUCAUCUGCUGGAAGGGAAUAGAUAACCGAGUGAGACAGACAGGUCCGGUUGGCUUCACAGGAGCCAACGGCGGAGAGGACCACUUAAACGGCCCCCACCCCACAGAGACACACACAGCCUCCGGUCACUCUGCCCUCAGCACGGCCAACUGUACAGAUCCGGUCGGUCCGCUGCAUCUGCCAGAAAACCCCCAUGCCUUGACCAAUGGGAAUCACUGCCCACCCUCCCAGCAGGCUUUGCAGCAGCCCGGCGUGGCAUCGCAUGGACGACCCUCUGUAAUAGGUACAAUCACAAAUGCGGGUCCCCCAAAGAAGAGACACAAGGGGUGGUCACCAGAGUCUUCAUCAGCAAACGACGCAGCCGCCAAGGCUGUGUCCACGGCAACCACUGGUCCCAGAUCAGACAAUGGAGUCCCGGUGAGUGUGUCCCAGGGGUCCCCGCCGACUCUGGCCUCAGGGGAGUCCGUCACAGUGCCUGAGAACCUGGUGCAGACAUGCAAACUGCAGCCCGUCAUCUUCAAAGGUCAUGGGAACCUGCCGGUGCUGUGUGGGAACACUGCGGAGGUGCAGGUCAGCGCUCUGCUGCAGGCCUGCUACAGGAACUCCCAGGCCCUGCCGCGGGUCUACGAGCAGUACGGGGCCGCCCCCAUCCAACCGCUCUCCACUGAGAUGCAGAUCCUCCUCACCGUCUACUACCUGGUGCAGCUAGGCUCUCACCAGAUGCCCCUGGUGGAGGAUCUGGAGCAGAUCUUCAUGCGCUCGUGGCGCGAGUCACACCUGACGGAGAUCCGGCAGUACCAGCAGACGCGCCCCCAGAUACCCCCGCAGCUCCCAGGCCUGGCGCAGCCCCUCACGCCAUCACAGCUGCCCUGGCUGGCCCGCCUGGCGGCCAGUUCCUGCGGAGACGGCGUGCUCGUGUUGGACACCGCCGCCUCGCUCACCGAUGGACUCAGGGACACCUUCCAGAGGCUGGUGGACGGCAAGCUGGCCCAGACCAACUAUGUGGUCAUCAUCUGCAUGGGCAAGAGCCAGGACAUCGAGUCCUGCGUGGUGGUCACAGGUAAGCACCAGACCAGGGCUCUGGCAGAGAGCAUGCUCUCCCCUGGUGACAACCUGAAAGCAAUCAGCUAUGAGGUCUACUCCGGAAUGACCACAGAGCUCAGAGCGUACUUCAACUCGCUGGGACCUGAUGGGGACAUGGAAAGUUUGCUGGAGAAAGCCAGCGCAGAGAGCAGUGGUCACUUCUCUCUGUCCAGCAGCCAGGAGUCCGUUGGGGACAGCCCCAAACCCACAUGCUCAGAGUAUCACGCGGAGUGGCACGAGAUCCGCGCCAUCCAGCUGGCAGUGGCGCGGAAGCUGCUGUCCCAUGUGUGCGCCAUCGCCGACUCCAGCACGCAGAACCUGGACCUCGGCUCCUUCGACAAGGUGGAGUUCCUCAUCUGCGUUCCGCCGUCUGAGGUCACGUUCCAGCAGAUCAUCCUCCACCUGUGGAACUCAGGUGUUCUCCACGAGUUGGGUCUGGACCAGGAGUGCUUGUCCCUGAAGCAGGUGGAACAGUACGUGGUCAAACUGGACCAGGACGCCGUGGAGAAGAUCGACAGCCUCAUCCAGAAGUCGAAGAUGAACCCUUACACCCUCUACAUCCUGGUGCAUGACCAUGCCCACUGGGAUCUCAGCAGUGCCCACUACAGUGGUGGAGGCGGUUCUCGUGAGGGCCUGGUGGACAGUUUGCUGAACUGCCGUCAGAUCCGUGACGCUCCUAACAUCCUGACGCUCCACGUCACCUCGUUUCCCUUCGCCCUGCAGACUCAGUACACACGCGUUAGCCCUUACAACGAGAUUCACUGGCCGUCCACAUUCAAUAACGACGUUGAUCUGUAUAAUGAGAAGACCAAGUACUUUGGCAUCUCAGAGCUGCUCGACUCCACUCACACCGGAGCUGGACUGCCUCUGCUGCGCUUCGACAGCUCCUUCGAGAACAUGGCUGCCGCCGUGGAGGACAGGUUUCCCAAGCUGCACAGUGCAGUGAUCCGCACCCACAUCCUGCUCCAGCAUUAUUCGGUGGCCCUGAUGGUGGCGUCGGGCCAGUCGCACCUGCAGAAGCACACCUCCGUGGAGACGCUGGAGAUCGUCCAGUGCCUGCUCAGCUCCGCCCAGCGUUGCCCCAGCAACCACGGGCACAUGGUGCUCCUGCGCGUGCCGUCCCCUGCGCUGGCGCUGGUCACGCAGCAGCGGCUCACUCACGUCCGAGACAAACUGGGCCUGCAGAACCAGUUCGAGGUGGUCCUGGGCAACCCCACCUCCGCCCUCUCGCUGGGGAAGCACUUCCUGGAUCAGCUCAAGGUGUGGAUGAAGGUCCAGGACCCCGACUGGACUCCACGGACAUACCUGGAGUUGGAGGCGUUGCCCUGCAUCCUCAUCCUGACCGGCAUGGAACCGCUGGGGGAGUCCCUACCACGCUCUCUGAAGUACUGUGACCUGCGUGUGAUCAGCUCAGCGUUCCUGCAGCGAACUCCUCUGGAGCAGGAGUUGGGCCUGGCUGCUUACCUGGUCAAGGCGGGGGCCCGCGACCCCCACGACCCCCGCGACCCCCGCGCGCCAACCACCGGCAGUGACCUGUCCGAGAGCGACCCCGAGAAGCUCUGCAGCACCGACAAUGAGGAGGAGGAGGUGGUGGUGGAUGUAAACAGUGAUCUCCCCGGCCUGGACCCCUCCCCCCCCCCAGCCUCUCAGCACUCCCAGUCAGACGGCUCCAUCCUGGACCCCGAGAAGCCCCCUGCCCAGCGGAGGCCGUCCAAGUCCACGUCGUCGGGCUCGUCCUCGACGCGCGCCUCCACGCUGCGCCAGCGGUGCUCGUGGGCGUGAACGGAACCCGCCAGCCCGGUGGUGCUGCUGCAGCAGGGCGUCAGUGCUGACGCUGGGCGCCAGCCCGGGCUGCCCAAGAGCACGUCGCUGCUGCCGCACGCCGCCGUGGAGUGGGCCAGCUCCUUCCGCCCGCUGCUCAGCAAGAUCAUGACCUGCACGGAGCAGUCGCUCUACUACCGCCAGUGGACCGUGCCCAGGCCCAACCACAUGGACAGCAGCAACCGGGCCGAGGGACGCACCGACAACUUCCACCCCCGUAGGCUGCUGCUCAGCGGCCCGCCACAGGUAGGAAAGACGGGAGCUUACCUGCAGUUCCUGGGCAUCCUGUCCCGCAUGCUUAUCAGACUCAUGCAGGUGGACAUCUACGACGAGGAGGACAUCAACUGCAGUGAUAAGCUGCCCCUGGUCCAGUACCACCAGGCGGGGGUUACGUGGCCCAGUACGGACAUCCUGCGGAGCAUGUCCUUCGACUACACCAUCCACGACCCCAAAUACGAGGGCAUCAGCCUCAUCUACUCCCCAGAGCACACUCCUGCAGAGGAGGGUAACCCACGGCGACAGGAGGAUGUAUACCUCCGCAGGCGCACCUCACGCAUUAAGCUGUCCAAGUACGCUGCCUACAACACCUACCACCACUGUGAGCAGUGCCACCAGUACAUGGGCUUCAACCCGCGCUACCAGCUGUACGAGUCCACUCUGCACACCUUCACCUUCUCGCACCUGCUGCUGGGGGAGGAGAUCCAGCUCUAUUUCAUCAUCCCUAAGUCCAAAGAGCACCACUUCGCCUUCAGCCAGCCCGGAGGACAGCUGGAGAGUCUCAGACUGCCGCUCGCCUCUGACUGGAAUCCUGACUGUAUAAAGAGCCCCAUUUUCACCCCCACCACUGGACGCCAUGAGCACGGUCUGUUUAACCUCUACCACGCCAUGGAUGGAGCCGCACACCUCCACAUCCUGGUCAUCAAGGAGUACGAGAUGGCCGUCUACAAGAAGUACUGGCCCAACCACAUCAUGCUGGUGCUGCCCACCACUUUCAACGGAGCCGGGAUCGGUGCAGCUCACUUCCUGAUAAAGGAGCUGUCCUACCAUAACCUGGAGCUGGAGCGGAGUCGGCGUGUGGAGCACGGCAGCCGAGCGCAGGACGUCUGGCCCUUCAUCAUCCUCGCCGAUGACUCCUGCGUCAUGUGGAACGCUCUGGACGUCGACCCCAAGAGUGGUAGUAAGGGCACAGAGAGGAACGUAUCACUUAAGCAGGUGCUUCAGCACAUGGAGUCGUCUGCUGACAUCACACAGUAUGGCCUGUGCGGCCUCAGGAAGUGGUCGAGUCGCUAUGGCAACCAGACGGGGCGCCACCGUGAGCCCUUCUCACGCGGACACCUGCAUGACUUUCUGUUGCUGAACGUGGACCUGACGCAAAACGUCCAGUACAACCAGAAUCGAUUCACAUGUGACGAUGUGGACUUCAACCUGAGGGCACACAGUGCUGGCCUUCUUGUUUGUCGCUUCAACAACUUCAGCGUCAUGAAGAAACAGAUCACUAUCGGAGGCUAUCGCACCUUCAUCGUUAAGACCAAGAUGACGGACGUUCCGACCACAGUGCAGCCAUCUCAGUACAUCUGUGCCCCGGACAGCAAGCACACGUUUCUGUCCACUCCGGCCCAGCUGCUGCUGGAGAAGUAUCUGCAGCACACCAGCCACAAGCUCUUCCCCCUCAGCGCACACUGCUAUAGCCACCCGGUGCUCUCCGUCGACUGCUACCUCAACCUGGGCCCAGAGGUGACGGUGUGUUUUGUCAGCUCUCGACCCCACUCCAUCAACCUGAGCACCACAGACCUGCUGUUCGGCGGCCUUCUGCUCUACUUCUGCGACUCCUUUGUCACGCCUGGCUUCCUCAAGAAGUUCCACUUCCUCCAAGGGGCCACUCUGUGUGUGAUCUGCCCCAAUCGCAGCUCCUUGCGUCAGACGGUGGUGCGUCUGGAGCUGGAGGAUGAGUGGAGGUUCCGUCUGAGUGACGAAUUCCAGACAGCCAAUGCCAAAGAGGACCAGCCCCUCUUCUUCCUCACUGGCAAACACAUAUAAUCCCCCCUCUCUCAUCUUCCCCAUCUUCCUCAUCAUCAAACACAUAUAAUCCCCCCUCUCCCAUCUUCCCCAUCUUCCUCGUCGGCAAACACAUAUAAUCCCUCCUCUCCCAUCUUCUUCAUCGUCAAACACAUAUAAUCCCCCCUCUCCCAUCUUCCCCAUCUUCCUCGUCGGCAAACACAUAUAAUCCCUCCUCUCCCAUCUUCCUCAUCGUCAAACACAUAUAAUCCCCCCUCUCCCAUCUUCCCCAUCUUCCUCGUCGGCAAACACAUAUAAUCCCUCCUCUCCCAUCUUCCUCAUCGUCAAACACAUAUAAUCCCCCCUCUCCCAUCUUCCUCAUCGGCAAACACAUAUAAUCCCUCCUCUCCCAUCUUUCUCAUCGUCAAACACAUAUAAUCCCCCCUCUCCCAUCUUCCUCACUAGCAAAUACAUAUCUUCUUUCUCACACAGAAACAUAUCUAAUCCCCUAGUCCCUCUUCCUCACAUAUACAGUAUAAUCCCCUAGUCCCUCUUCCUCACAUAUAUAAUCCCUUAGUCCCUCUUCCUCACAUAUAUAAUCCCCUAGUCCCUCUUCCUCACAUAUAUAAUCCCCUAGUCCCUCGUCCUCACACAGAAACAUGUCUAAUCCCUUAGUCCCUCUUCCUCACUCUCAAACACGUAUAAACCCCCUCUGCUCCCUGGUAAAACUGGUAAACAUAUCCUGACUGGUAAACAUAUCCAUACCCAGCCCUGAUCCUCUCUAAUUUACACACACACCCAGAACACAGGAAACGCAUCUGGCCCAUCUCUGGCCCACACCCUCAUCAAACCUGGGCAGGAUCCACUUCCGGGUCAACUGCAGUGUGGUGUACUGUUUAUUAAGAGAUUAUUAAUCUGCAAGGGCAAUGGUGUUAUCCUCUGUGUGUAUAUAUGGCAUAUAUUGUAUAUGUAUAUCUGCUACGUAUGUCUGAAUAUGACCUUUUAAAGUGUUUUCUUUCUCUAUGUAGCAAGCCUGUAUUACUUAAAACAAAGUUAAUUUAUAGUAUUUGCAUAUGGCAUUAUUAUUCCCUCGUGGAAGGUGACAUUUUGUUACUAUGCAGCCAUUUUAAAAGGCUUUUCUUUUCUGUCGUCCUGUUUGGUUUUUGUUUGUUUUAAAUUGUUUUUUUUUUUAUAUCAUUCCAUAACAUGGAGGUAAGCAUAAAUCAUAUUGUGCCGUACAACACAAUAUCAAUGUAUUUUCUUUUGAGAUGUUUUGUAAAAAUAAUAUUUUUCUAGGUGUUGGUAUGCCAGAUCAGAUGUUCUGAUGUGAAGAUGGAGUUGUUGUUUUUUUAUGGAAAGUACUUAUAUGGUUGCCUUGGGAACUUUGUUUUUCAAGCAUUGUCAUGACAAUUUAGGUAAUAAGGACAAUGUAAUCAUCCUCUGAGUGACGUUAUGAAUGAAUUCGUAUCACUUUAUUGUUUUAGUACAAUCCAUGCCUCAGUGUUAUGCACUGUACAAACUCCUCUGUAAAUACUUGUUAUUUUACUUGUUAACCACAAGGGGGAGCUGUUACUGCAAUAUUGACAAUGUUGAAGUUACUGUAACCAAAGUGUCUACUCAGUUUUUAAGUGUAUACAUUUAUGGAUUAAAAAUGUCAAACCAG